CUGCUUCGUCGUAAACCAGCUGAGACUAGUACAGGAGCGAGAGAUCGAGAGGAUAUGCACAGAGCGAAAAAUCAUUGUGGUACGAGCAGUUUCAGAUAUUUUCAGCGGACAUCGAGGGCUACAUGCAUCCAGUAAACAGCAUUCGAUAAAAUAUAUCAGUAUAACAAGGUCUAAUAAUUCCGAUGUACCACAAAUCGAUUAGUAAUUUCCAUAGAUGGAACGCAAGUAUUAUAUUUUUGUGAGAUUGUUCUUAUGCGUGCUUCCACGUAGCUUUGAAACAGCUGAUGCCUCUCGAGACGACGAUAUAGGCUUUCGCACGUAAUAUACGUCGUUUGUGAAGUUCUGAUGAUCAAGCCGACGCAAAUUGAAUAAUCACCAAACCAGUAAUCUUUGAUGAAAAUAACCAUGACUGAGCAAUCGGACCGCCCUAAAGUCACCAUGGAUGUUGAAUGUCAGUCACGCCUUGGAUCGCAUCGACACCGCAUCUGUUGCCAUGACAGCAAGAGAAUCGUUCCCUGGAUGCUCUUCUCCUCCUUCGUGACGCUUACCGUCGUUCUUCUGGUUCUUUUUUUGGUUUUCAAAGAUGACCGUCAUAUAUAUGCGAAGGAACCAUCCAUGGUUGAAGACACCUCGCCCAGUACUGAAACCAACGUCUCCUCGUCUAUAUGUGGCCGUCGUGGUGAGGUUCCACACCCUGGCAUCGACACUCGGGUUUCGGGAGGGCGCCCUACUACCAUUGAGGCGUGGCCGUGGAUGGUUUCUUUGAGGGACGAGAGUGGUGACCACAUCUGCGGUGCCACUCUGAUCAGUGACCAAUGGCUACUCACCGCUGGACACUGCGUUUCCACCAUCACCAGCCGCCCUCUGGGCUACGUCACAAUGGGAGACACGUCUAUCGCCGAACCUUCAGAAUAUCACGUGACCAGGGAAAGCUUGGAGACCUUCAUUCAUCCCGAUUUCGACUCGUCCACCUUCGCCGAUGAUAUCGCCCUCAUUCGAUUCGACCCACCGGUAUUUCAAAGCAAGGGCGUGUCACCGGUUUGUUUGAAUGAAGGCAGGAACGAGCUCGAGGAUUACUCCAAGUGCUACGUCACUGGAUGGGGAGCCACGUCCGUUUCGCUUAUGGCAUCGACAGGUUUGCAGGAAGGUCGAACGCCCCUGGUACCUCGUCAGAAUUGCUCUGAGGACUACGGUACCCGACAUCACGUGACGUCAGACAUGAUCUGUGCAAUCUCUCCUGACUGGCAGGUCGACACAUGCAAGGGUGACAGUGGUGGUCCCUUGGUGUGUCAAGACAGUAUCAGCGAUGUCUGGUCUGUGAUUGGAGUGACAAGCUUUGGUUACGGCUGCUGGAAUCCAGGCGAUCCUGCCCCAGGGGUCUACUCUCGUGUCUCCAGCUACUUCGACGACUUCAUCAUGAAAACCGUCGACGCUGAAUCCCGCAGAUGACGACGUUAUCGACAUGCCAUCGCGUUGUCCGCGAAAACGGGUUGAAUGGGGUUUACGAAGAAAGCCAGGAAUUUUGGAUGUUUUAAUCCAUUCGCUUAACGUGCAUACCAAAGAUAUUGGGAUAUAGCAUCUCAAGCUUACCAAAAAGAAGGCUAAUUUGAUUUUUUUUUCUUCUCUUAUUUUGUUGGUAAAAAAAACAGUAUUUUUCUUCAAACGAAGAUGCAAAAAAUGAUAGUAUUGAAAUUAACUAUUGCAUUAAUUGAAGUUAAACUUCACUAUUUUCUUCCGCACUUCGAUUUUCAUUUAUAUGACCAGCAGCCUUCUUGUCCAUACCUUUUUUUUACGAGAUGAUAUGAAAUGAUGAUAAUAUGAAUUGAGGUAUGAUUUAGUAAGAUGAAUUUACAAAGUACUUUUUUAAGAUAGAUACAAUUUUAGAUACGAUUAAUUACCGUAUCAUGAUGUUGAUACUACAAACAAUUGUAUGAUUAAUUGCAUGAUAGUGUGGCCAAGCAUCAUUUUUCAAAGGCAGAAAGUAUUGCAAAGGAUUGGAUUAGAUUAAAUUUGAAGAAAUCAUAGAAACUUAUUCGUUUUCCUUAAAAGUGUGCUGUGUCAAUUCUUUUGCUCAAUUGAUAAUCGGAAUUUUUCUGAUGGUUUGAGCGUUCAAUGAUUGUUGCGUCGAAAUAGAGACUGAUUUUUCUCUUCCUCUGAGAUUUGAGUAUUAGAAAUGUCCGUGUCAGUAAUGAUAAUUCUUGAAACUGGUCAUCGUAGUAAGCUGUGGAAGUGUUUUAAUUUGGUACUUUAAUCACAUUCCUGAGUAAGACCUUCGUUUUAAUUAAUAACAGUGCAAGAUUAAAAUUUUGUUUUUGUAUGAGAGAAGUACUAGCUUAUAAAAUGAAACUGCGAUUGAAUGAAUUGCUUGCACAAAGAACAGCAAGUUUAACAGAAAUCGGUUUUCGUUUUUUCCUUCUUCUUUUUGUAUGUAGCACGAGGUAUUAUGUUUUAAUUUACUAUCUAAACUAAACAUUGCCAGUUCUUGCCAGCUCUAUUUGUUACGUGCCAACCCUUGCAUUAUUUUGAUUCAUAUAUUUUAAAAGGUUUCGUGUACCAAAAUGGGGAAGCCAAUGUGUAUUUCGCUAUGCAGUAUAGUAUCCAGUUCAUUUUUAUAUAUGAAAGGGCGAUUUUGUUUUUGUAUUAAAGUUGAUACACUCAUCACCAAUACUCAAUAUUAUGUGUUAUUUUAAAGGAAUGGAAUUUGCAUGUUAUAAUUGUGUGCUAAACGGCUUAGAGGAGAACCUUUUUAUCAAUGGAGAACGCGCAUCUCUUUUAAAUCGAGGAAAAUCAUGAAAUAGAUUUAUUGCGUUGGUCGUGGCAAAAAGCUGUUUGGAUUUGAACCUAUGGUGAUGAUAAUUCACAAUAAAGAGCCACAUGUGUAUAGAUAUCUCAUAAAUGAUGGACAGUAUUAUUGAUGACGACUUUGACAGAGCUGUACCUACUGUAGGGUAGCUACAGGGGACGUGUGGGCACGUGCCCUCAAACGAAAAACAGGGGGGAAAAGUUGGGAAAAUAUGCGAGACCGAAAAAAAUGAAGAUAGAAUGAAAAGGGGCGUGAAUUAAUGGGGAGAUGACGAUCCCCCUCCCGCACUCCUCCUUAAAGGGAAAUCCAGAGAAGUUGAUUGAUAAAAGUUUGAAUGAAAUCAGACGAAAAAUGAUAAAUGUAUUAAUAUUUUCAAAGUUGUAAUCACUAUUGGCUGAAUCGGUAAUGUAUCUGUGAUGUAAUGGCGGACAACUUACCCAUUUGUUCCAUAACACACAAUUACUAAAAAUGUAUAAGAAUAUAUGCCUCAGGAAGGUCCUUUCUCUUUGAAGGAUUUAUGAUAAUAUGCCAUCCAUUUUGAGUAGUGCCCCAAGAUGGAAGGCGCUUAGGGGAAAAACACAAAUUAAUGAUAUUUUUGUACAAGACAAACCGGAAGAGUUAUCCGCGACUGCGUCACAGUCCGCUGACCGAACUGCCAAUUUGAUAUUCGCAUAGACUUAGUGAUCUCAUAUUUGAAACAUUCAUAAUUUUCUUAUCAUUAGUCCGAUAUAUUUCAAACUGUCGCCACUUUGUUUAUCUUAAUUUUCUGCUUUCAUACAAAUAAACUUAUUACAAGGGCCUCGUAAAUUAACAUGAAAAGCCUGGCAAUAAUUUCCUUUUCAAGUUUUAUUGGUUGGGGAUGUAAAACGAGGGGCAUAUGGUUCUGCCUUAGUGUUCGGUACGCCGAUGAGACUAUAGAGAAGCAAUAAGUUUGCAGUUCGAAUGCCCGGUUCGAAUGCUUUGACUUUUUUAAAUGAAAUUUGUAAGGCUGAUUUUGUAAAGCGCUUGUUAUUCAUCAAUAAUGAUUUUGAUACCGAUUUUUGUGUAUGGAUACCACUUUGUAAUUCAAACGUAUGAAAUGUUUAAAACAUUUACUAUAUGAGAAGACAUGCAGCUAGUAUAAUCAUUUACUCAUUACAUGUAUCUGUUCUCUUUUUUAUUAAAAGAUACGAUAUUUUUGUAUGUAAUACGAUGUAUGUAAUACGAUGUAUUUUUGAUCACUUUUAUUCUGAAUCCCAGGAUGAAAAAGAUAAAUCUAAAGAUUUGACUGUUGUAUGAGUAUUAUAUGCACUGACCGUUAAGCCUCGGUCACAAAUGCCAUUACGAACUGCUACGAACGCCGUACGAACGAUUUUCAGACAAUGGAAAUUCGGGAAGACAAUGGAAAAGCAGGGAGAUUCGUAUGAAAUUAUCGUUCGUACGAACCUUUGUGACCGCAGCAUUACUCUGUGUUGGUGUAAAUACAUGUUCGUUUAGAUCUGUAUGCCUUAUCUUUACCCACUUUAUCUGAUAUAUCUUUUAUCUAUAAUCAUAACGCGUUGUUUAUGUGCACUAUUUUGACGAUUAUUAAUGAGAACUUAGAAAGGUUACGUGGUAUCACUUUUGAAUUGCAUGUCUUCCUACUAUAUCGCAUUUUGAAAUACGUAUUAUACUGGUUAUGAUUAAAAUUUUACUGAAAUAAAAUCAGUUUCGUUAUCAAAA